CGUUACAUUAUUACCACUAGGUUACCCGUUGAGAAAUGAUAACCGACAAAACUUCAACCAAGGAAUAUGUCAAAGGCUAUGGAAUCGACUGGGACAAAGUUAAAGCCGCUCUCGGGGUAACGGAUGACGGUGAUGGGCAAAUCGGCUCAUUAAUGAAGCAGAUUUUGGAAUGUGUCGACCGCGACAUUCAUUGGGUUUGCAUAGGAAAGCCCAACAACGGCAAGCACAACUCUUUCGUUAUCUCAUUCGGCGAACAGGCCUUUGACACCGAUCCGGAGGCUUUGAGGAAGAAAGAUAUCCCUGCCCCGGAGUAUCUGAAGUGCUUUGUGGAACCAUUUCUUUUUGGCCCUGAGGUAUUUGAGGUUGUGGAUUGAUACCAUCCAGUGGAUUUUACUCCCGACGGUGUGAAUGGCGAGUACGGAGCAAUCGUUAUCUUAUAUCAGCGCAACGAUAAUGUAUAGCUUAACGUGCAACAAACAAUAUUGGGG